AUGGAUAAGAGUCCUCAAUUCCCUAAAACCCACCACAGCAAUUUCCCUUACUCCCUCGCACAAACAGACUUUGCAGAAGUUUUUGAGUCCAAAUACAAGCAGGUAUGGCAAAGAGUCCGAUUCAAACUUAAAGCUAAAAAUUUUAUCAAAAAUUUAUACUCAGAUAUAGUAUUAUAUGGGACUUCAGACGAAAUAACAGAUGCCCAUAUCGAUUCAAUUGAAUAUGUAGAUAUACAAACCAAUAGGCUUAAAUCUCGAUCUGAAUUUAAAAAAGAAAAAAAAGAGCCACCAAGAGAAGGAGCUGAGCUUUCUUGGUAUCAAAUUGGCCCUGCUUCUAGGUUUAAAAAAUGUUGAACAGUUCUUAUCUCGAUUUUAUUAAUUUACACCAUCUCAAUCAUGCCGUGAAGACUUGCAUUCACAGACCCCGUUUUCUUUGAUGGAUGAACAAUUUUUGAGAUGAUUUUGGAUUUUAUAUUUAUUACAGAUGUUUUUGUGUGCAUGCUUAGCGUCGAAUAUGACAAUUAUGGAAAUUUCAAUCCAAAAUUCUCAGCUAAUUUUUGGAAAUAUAUAUUUACUUGGUUUAUUUUAGAUGUUGUAGCAAGCUUACCUAUGACUUUGGUUGAGUGACAAACCGCUCCAAAGCACACUUCACAGAAAAAAUCUUACAAUUCAAUUCUAAAAUUAGCCAAAUUUCCGAAAUUAUUGAAACUUGUAAAAAUAAUGAGAGUUGUUAAAAUGUAUAGACAUUAUGAGAAUAGCGCACUUUUUGAAAAAAUUCAGGACAUUUUGCAGAUUAAUACAAGAUAUGCUUUUGGAAAAACUAAUCCUUUAUGAUUGGCUAAUAUAUACCCUUAUUUAAAUUAAAUUAAAAAAUAUAGCUAAACAUAAUAAAAUUUUAAUUUUUAAAUAUUAGGAUACAUAAAAACAUUUAAAUUUUUUGCGUCCUUGAUAAUAUCAAUACAUAUUAUGGGCUGCGUCUGAUUUUACAUUGCAAAAGUCAAUGAUUUUGACUGCACCACUUGGGUGUUCAGACAUCAAUAUUUAGACGAAGGCUGGUCAACUCAGUAUAUAGCUUCUACUUAUUGGACAUUUUAUACACUAGUGACUGUAGGAUAUGGAGACAUUUUGCCUGGAAAUAAUAUAGAAAUAACCGUCGCAAUUAUAUGGAUUAUGAUUGGAGUCUGUAUAUAUUCUUUUGGGCUAGGAGCUCUGUCUACUUUUAUAUCAGGAUUAACUACAAAAGAAGCGAUUUUUUCUUCAAAAUUAGCUGCAAUGCACGAAUUUUCGAAAGAAAGCGGGAUUUCGGAAGACUGUAAAAGAAGAAUAAGGGCAGCAAUAAAAUAUAAUGUGUUUUCUGGAAAUGUGUGGAAAAAUAACAAAGCACUUUUUCAUGAUAUCCCGAGGUCGCUGAAAUAUGAAGUGGCGAUUUCUAUGUAUAAUGGAAUUAUUGGUAUAGCUUUCACUAUAAAAAUUCAGGGCUUAUCAUAAAUUUUUUAUAUAUAGCCUAUAUUUUUAUAUAAAAUUGGUAAAUUUUAGAGAACCAAUGGAAUUGUAAAUAAAAUCGAAUUUCUCAAGGAAAAAGACCAAUCAUUUAUAGUCAGCAUUAUGCCACUAAUGAAGCCUAUGCAAGCUUUCGAUGGACAAUUUCUCUACCAAGAAGCCACAUAUGCUGAUGAAAUGUAUUUUAUUAUAUCUGGGAGAAUAAAUUUGGUGCUUCCCAAGAAUGAAAUUGUGUAUAAAUCAUUUUUAAAAGGAUCUUAUAUUGGUGAAAUUGAAAUAAUUAUCCCAAUGUCAAGGAUUUGUGACACUAUGGCCUUUGGGUUAUGCGAUUUAUUAACGGUCAGUCAAAAAGAUCUUCUAUCAUUAUUAGAAGAAUUCCCUGACAUCCAUUACGAAAUGACCACAAUUGCAACUGAAAGAAUAAAAAGAAUUAAAGAAUGCCGAAAAGAGCUAGAAACCCUCAUCGAAAUAAACUCAAAAAUGGGAACUUUAAGCCAUUUAUCAGGAAAAAACACUUUUUUCAUUCACCAAGAAGCCAAAAUUAUAGACGAAGCCACCCGAAUAAGGAAUAUCCACACAAGUGUAAAAAGUCAAAUAGAAAUGGCUCCAGAGCUUUCCCAAAAUAUCGAUCAAAUGGAAUCUAUAUGCAAAAAAGUAUUUGAUACCAUCAUAUCAGUUUCUGAACAAGCUCAAGAAGAAAUGGCUCAAGGCGUUGGCUUUACUCCUAAGCCGAGAAUACCUCACCGUAUAAGGCUUCCGAAAAUUGAUUUUAAAUUUAAAGAUAAAGAAUAA